UUUUUUGUCACAAAAACCCUCUCUAAUAAGUAAUAAUAACCCCACCCAACGACACACCAAAAACAUCUAAUUCAUCCACCACCAUGUCUACCACCCUCAUCUCCCUCCUCCUUCUCCUCUCCACCACGGCCACGGCCACGGCCACCGUCUCAUCUGAUAUUACCGCCCUCAGAGCGAUCAAAUCUGCCAUCAACCCUGCCACCAUCCCCUCUUACACAUGCUUACACUCAUGGGACUUCACCUCGGACCCAUGCUCACCACCUCAUGUCACUCACUUCCUUUGCGGAUUAUCAUGCUCCGGCAACCGAGUCACCCAACUCACCCUCGACCCAGCCGGUUACGCCGGCACUCUCCCGCCUCUCAUUUCUCAACUCACCCAACUCAUCACCAUCGACCUUUCCGACAACCGCUUCCACGGACCCAUUCCAAACUCCCUCUUCUUCCUCCAUAAUCUCCAAACACUCAUCCUCGGCUCCAACUCAUUUUCUGGCUUCAUCCCACCAGCAAUCUCAAACCUCAAAAACUUACAAACUUUAGACAUGUCUCAUAACUCUUUCACCGGCUCAUUACCCAACUCGUUAACUCAACUUACUCAGUUGACUCGUCUCGACCUGAGUUUCAACAAACUCACCGGACCCAUCCCAAAACUCCCAAAAAACUUAAUACAACUCGCUCUCAAAUCAAACUCGCUAUCCGGGUACCUAACAAAACAAUCCUUUACCGAGUCAACUCAGUUGGAAGUAAUCGAACUCAGUGACAACUCACUCACCGGAACAAUUCCCGGCUGGUUCUUUUUAACACCCUCAACUCAGCAAAUCAAUUUAGCCAACAAUAGUUUCACCGGACUUGUGAUCUUAAAACCGGUUAACAGCACCCUCGUUGCCGUCAACCUCGGGUUCAACAAACUUUACGGCUACCUCCCGGCGACAUUUCCGGCGUACUCCAUGUUGGCUUCUUUGUCAUUGAGUUACAACAAGCUAAGAGGAAGAAUCCCAUCUGAGUAUAGCAAGAUAAGCAGACUGUUUCUUGAAGGAAAUUUGUUAAUUGGGUUGCCGCCGAAGGAACUUUUCUCCCGGAAAAUCUCAAUUACCGGCAGCUUAGGGGACAACUGUUUAAAGAGUUGUCCGGUUUGGUCGGAGCUUUGCGUGAAAUCGCAGAAACCAUUUUCGAUUUGCCAAAAAGCUUAUCAGGGGAAAGUGAAACAAUAGUCGUAAAGUUGGUUCAUCAUCUUUUUUUUUUUUUUUUUUUUUUGUAAUUAAAAAAUGUUUGGAUCUUUUUUUCUUUUUGAUUAAUCAUACGCUGUACGAAUCAUGUUAAGGGAAUCAUUUUUUUUAUUAUUA